AACGGUCACACGGCCGCACAGACUGAUAUCGAUGUCGAGUCUGCUCUUCCUCUUCGAUAAACGCAAUAUUUUGCAAUAAAGUAAAUUAGUUUUAAAACCACAGUGGCGAGCACUUUCUGAGUAACUCGGCAGCCGCAAGCAGUGUUUGCGCGUAUCGGUGCACAGGGCGAGCCCUUCGCGAACGCGAUACACCCUUCCACCCUCGAAUCGCCCCGAAAUCAUUGUUGUUUUUGUGUGUGGUGUGGUGUUGUGCUUCUCAUUCCGUUCCGUUUUGCUCUGUGUAUCUGUGCUCGGUUCACCAAUCCAAUCGCAACGGCCAACUGAUGAGUCUCAAUUGUUUCCAUUAACGCAACGAGAGUAGCAACCAACCCCCACCCCCCAUCCCACCCCCCAACCACUUGCCAGUUGGGCCCGCGCCCCACCUAACACCUCCAGCCCCACCCGCAAUCCCCCCCCCCUCCAAAUCCAAACCCAGACCCAAAUCCCCACCCACUGCGAGAUGGCCAGCAGCAGCAACAGUUUUGGGGGCGUGGCCGGCGUGAACGGGGAUCUGUGGCGCGAGUGCGUCGCCUGGCUGACCAGGUGCAAGGUCAUCCCGCCCGAUCACAAGGCCGCCCAGCCGGACGCCGAGAUCCGCAUCCUGGCGAUGACGCUGCGCGACGGAGUGCUGCUCUGCAACCUGGUCAUCCAUCUGGACCCCAGCAGCAUGGAUCCGCGCGAGUUCAAUCGCAAGCCGCAAAUGGCACAGUUCCUGUGCAGCAAAAACAUCAAGUUGUUCCUGGACGUGUGCCACAACAACUUUGGGAUCCGGGACGCCGAUCUCUUCGAGCCGACGAUGCUGUACGACCUGACCAACUUCCACCGCGUCCUCAUCACGCUCUCCAAGUUGUCGCAGUGCCGCAAGGUGCAGCAACUGCAUCCGGAUCUUAUUGGCUUCAAUCUGCAGCUUUCGCCCACGGAGCGUUCCCACUCGGACGAGGCCAUCUACAAGGACCUGCAUUCCACCGACCUGAACAUGCGGAAGGCGAGCAGCAUAGACGCCACCGCGUCCGCCUCCUCGUCGGCGGAAUACUACGACAGAACGUCGCAGAGCGGAUCGAUGGACGAGAAUAGCGACAUCACGAUCGAGAACGGCACCGAGGACAUCGACGACUACAUCGAGGAUUCGCUCUCCAACAUGUGCGACUCGACCAUCGACAACGAUGUGGAGGAUGCGGGCGUGGAGACGCCCCUGCUGGCCGACUGCCAGGGCAGCCAUGUGCGCGAGCUGUCCUUCGAUCUCGCCCUGGACGUGGUUACCUCCACCACGGAUGGCGCCUCCAAUGCGGUCACACCCACACCGGAAUCCUAUGCCCGGCAAUCGGAAUCGCCGUUGGCUGCCGCAGCGCCAAGCAUCCCAGUGUCGGCUGCACCGGGGCCACCAAUGGGCCGUCUGGUGUCCACCUCCUCCUCAUCGUCGUCGCUUCUGGUCAGCGAGAGCCAGCGGCUGCAGCGAGCGGCCGCCGCCGUCUACAACUACCGCUCCUCGAUGGCGUCCACCGAGCACGAGUAUGCCUACAUCUACAGCGAGGACGACGAGAAGGUCUACGAGGACCUGUGCUACGUCACCUUCCAGGCGAAGGCCAAACCCGAGGUUACCACCGACAAUAUUGCAUGCAAUGGAACCGGUUACGACCACACCAACACAAAAGAGGAGGAGGUGUACCAAGACCUGUGCGCCCUGCACAGGACGAGUAGAAGCCAGACCGCCUCGUCGACGAGUUUCGAGCAGCGCGACUACGUCAUCCGGGAGCUGAUCGACACGGAGUCCAACUACCUGGACGUGCUCACUGCGCUGAAGACCAAGUUCAUGGGUCCGCUGGAGCGGCAUCUCAACCAGGACGAGCUGCGUCUCAUAUUCCCGCGCAUCAGAGAGCUAGCCGAUAUCCACACAAGGUUCCUGGAUAAGCUGAGGGAAUCGCUGACGCCCAAUGCCAAAAUAAAGAUGGCCCAGGUUUUUCUCGACUUCCGCGAACCCUUCCUCAUCUACGGCGAAUACUGCUCUUGCCUGCUCUCCGCCAUCGACUAUUUGGCGGAUGUGUGCAAGAAGAACCAGAUCAUCGACCAGCUGGUGCAGAAGUGCGAGCGGGACUACAAUGUGGGCAAGCUGCAGCUGCGGGACAUCCUCUCAGUGCCGAUGCAGCGCAUUCUCAAGUACCAUCUGCUGCUGGAUAAGCUGGUGAAGGAGACAUCGCCGCUGCACGACGAUUACCGCUCGCUGGAGCGGGCCAAGGAGGCAAUGAUAGACGUGUCGCAGUACAUCAACGAGGUGAAGCGCGACUCCGACCACCUGGUCAUCAUACAGAAGGUGAAGGACAGCAUCUUCGAUCUCCAUCUGCUGCAGAAUGGUAACGGCAGUGAUCUGCUGCAGUACGGCCGCCUGCUACUCGACGGCGAGCUGCAUAUCAAGGCGCACGAGGACCAGAAGACCAAGUUGCGUUACGCCUUCGUCUUCGACAAGAUCCUCAUCAUGGUGAAAGCGCUGCACAUCAAGACGGGCGACAUGCAGUACACCUACCGCGACUCCCACAACCUGGCCGACUAUCGCGUGGAGCAGAGCCAUUCGCGACGCACUCUUGGCCGGGACACGCGUUUCAAGUACCAGCUCCUCUUGGCCCGCAAGUCAGGCAAGACGGCCUUCACUCUGUACCUAAAAUCGGAGCACGAACGGGACAAGUGGCGCAAGGCGCUCACCGAAGCCAUGGAAAGCCUGGAACCGCCUGGUUGCCAAAGUACAGACCACAAAAUGGAGAUCUACACGUUUGACGCCCCGACCACGUGCCGCCACUGCUCCAAGUUCCUCAAGGGCCGCAUCCAUCAGGGCUAUCGCUGCAAGGUGUGCCAGAUCAGCGUGCACAAGGGCUGCAUCUCGUCCACGGGUCGUUGCAAACAGAAUCCGGUUAGUGUGCCGCCACCCGUCUGCGAUCGUCAGUUGUCCGAGUUCAAUUGGUUCGCGGGCAACAUGGAUCGGGAGACGGCGGCCCACCGGCUGGAGAACCGGCGCAUAGGCACCUACCUGCUGCGAGUUCGUCCGCAGGGCCCAUCAACUGCCCACGAGACGAUGUAUGCGCUCAGCUUAAAGACCGAUGAUCAUGUGAUCAAGCACAUGAAAAUCAACCAGGAGAACUCCGGCGACUCCAUGCUCUACUGUUUAUCCUCGCGGAGGCAUUUCAAGACCAUUGUCGAGCUGGUCUCCUAUUACGAACGCAACGAUCUGGGCGAGAACUUUGCGGGGCUAAAUCAAUCACUGCAGUGGCCGUACAAGGAGGUCAUCGCCACCGCUCUCUAUGACUACGAACCAAAAGCGGGCAGCAAUCAGCUGCAGCUGCGCACUGACUGCCAGGUGCUGGUCAUUGGCAAGGAUGGGGACAGCAAGGGCUGGUGGCGUGGCAAAAUCGGCGACACGGUGGGCUACUUUCCCAAGGAGUAUGUGCAGGAGCAGAAACUGGCCAGCGAAGAGCUUUGAUAUUACAAUUACGAGGUUUACUUUGCACCCAAGGCCAUUACGCCCACAGCGGCAGCCAUUGCUGAAUUGCCAGGAGCUGGAGCUGGAGCUGGAACUGGAGCUGAAACUGGAACUGGAGCAGCUGUACCUGCAAUUGGAGCCAUUCAAGGAGCCGCCAUCGAGGAGGCCGUGGCCAGCGUCGACAGCCACAGCAACAACAACUGCAGCUAGAUCGUACCCUAGUUAAAUGUAUACCUUAAAAUGCAACUUGUUUUUAUUCGUGAUUAAGCCUAUUUUGUUUUUCUUCCCUUUUUUUCUUUUUUUUUUUUUUGAUCAUUUUUGUGUCGUCUGCUUGAAACAUUUGUGCCAAUUACCGAAAAAUUACAAAACCCACAUCGAGCAGCAAUGUUUGCUUGAAAAUGUUUACCUUUAACGUUUCAAUUGUUUUAAAUUAUAUAAUGCAAAUAUAUAUAUAUCUGUAUGUACAUGCUUACAUUUCUAAGAAACUUUAGCCACUUAAGUUUUACUUGUGCGUGUGCCUGUGUUCUCUUUGCCAAGAUGUUUGUUUCAUUUUUUGUUCAAAACUUGUAAUCGUCCCACGUUGAGUGAGGGUUGUGCGAAUGGAAGGGAAUGCGUAUUUCCAUACAAACAAAGCUUUAAAAUUUAUAUUCAUAUUAUUGUACUUGUACUGGUAGAUAUUUAACCGUAAUUGAAACGCAAAUGUUAACAUAACGAAAGCAACGCAGCCACAAAAUGUUCGAACCGAGAAUUAGAAUACUACAAUGAAGUAACGACGAUAAGGAAGUAAAAGCUUUAGCAAUAACGAUAGCCGUCAUAUUUACACGAUGAUCAACAUUUAGGCCAGCCAAUUUAUAGAUAUCUUUAACUAUAACUAACUAUAAUGUACCUAUUUAUAUAGCCAACGAAUCACUUUGCGAACUAAUUAUUGUUCACGGCGGCGUUUUGAUGCGUCGAAAAUGUGUAGUUAGCAAACACAAGCGAAAAACACAAAUGUUUAUUCCGCAAAUAUCAGUCAUGCUCCCAUCUCCACUUCCCCUAAAUGAAACUUUGGAUUCUAGUAGUAUUAUAAAUUGCUUAUUCUUAAGCACCAACCAAAUUGGUUUUUAACUAUGAAACUACACUAAAUUAUCCAAAAGCAGAAACGAGCUGCAUUCAAUUGGUGUCAUCGAAUUUUGUGUUAUUAUUGAAGUUAAUCAAAAAUGAAGCCCCGCUUAAGGGAAAGUUAUAGCUAUCAACUGUCGCACAAUAAUAAGAAUAUGCAAUGUCAUUUUUUAUGCGCACCAAGCACCGGAGCAACAAUAGAAUUAAAAUGCAUAAUUGCUAGGCUAGAAAGUCGGUUUCAGACUCUUUUUCAUGUGCUAAGUAAUCAAGUGUGUUUGAGUAUGGUUUCAUAUUGAAGGCAUUGUGAUUUCAAUCGCAUGUCGUAUCGAAAAGUUAACGUUAGCAAUUCCAAAGCCAAAUCCGCAUUUAUCACCAACUGCUAUCCCCGUCUCUUUCGCCGCUCUCCUGCUGUCCCUUUCCCUUCGGCAGCUCCGAAAUUAUUGUUAAGUAAAUGUUGUUCGUUUCAAUUGCAAAAUUGUCGCAUCCAGUUUAAUGCCAAUGUAAAGAUGUUUGUGGUUUUACAAAUAAAUGAAAUGGUUAGCAAAUCGCCGAAACCCCAAAAAACGCGCUAAUAAACGACUUUUGUGAAAGUUUUGUUGUUCAAUUGAAA